AUGAUUAAUCAGACUUUACCAGGAUGGAGCUAUGAAGCAAACCAUUCUUUGGAAGUAGAAAAUGGAAGGAUUGUUGUUGUUUGGGAACCUUUUCUUUCAGUGGUGGUGUAUCUUAAGACUCCUCAAUUGAUGUUGUGUGGUGUUCUUAAUCCUACAACCAACAAAGCUUUUACAGUUGCGUUUAUUUAUGCGAGGAAUAGAAGGUUUGAGCGUUUACCUCUCUGGAAUUUAUUGAAGGAUUUGGCAGCUUCUAAUAUUAUGCAGAAUUCUCCAUGGAUUGUGAUGGGUGACUUUAAUCAAGUAUUAUCUCUUUCUGAAGUGUACUCUCUUUUGCUUAGUACGGUUUGUCUACAAGGUUUGGCCGACCUUCAAGAUUGUUUGUCUAUCUCUGGGUUAUUUGAUUUAUCACCAAGGGGCAGCUUCUUCACCUGGACUAACAAAAGUUCUGUCAACCCUAAAGCUCGCAAGUUAGACAGAGCUCUAGUCAAUGAAAAGUGGCAGGAUAAAUUUCUGGAUUCUAAUGCUUUCUUUGAUGUGCCUGGAGGUUCUGAUCAUUCACCAAUUCUUGUUACUUUGGCUAAUGAUCUUGGUCGGAGGAAGAUCCGUUUCAACUUUUUUAAUUUUUUCACCUCUCACCCAGAGUACAGCCAGUUAAUAGAGCUUGCUUGGAACUGUCAGAUUAUUGCUUCUAAUCCUAUGUUCUCUCUGUAUCAGAGGUUGAGGUCUGCUAAGCUAUGUUGCAAGAGUUUAAAUCAACAGAGUUUUAGUAAUAUUCAGACUCGAACUAAGUUAGCUUUUGAGAAGUUGGAAAAUAUUCAGAGACAGGUUUUGCUCUAUCCAUCCCAGAGUUUAUUUCAAGAAGAGAGAGUGGCAAGGGAUGCAUGGCUUUUUCUCUCAUUGGCUGAAGAAUCUUUUUUCCAUCAAAAAUCAAGGAUCCGGUGGCUAUCUAUGGGAGAUGCUAAUUCGAGGUUUUUCUUUCGAUCUGUUCAAGCUAAUUUGUCAAAGAAUUUAAUUCAUUUUUUAUGA